CUACUCUAUUCAAUAUAUAUUUGAACCGCGGAAAACUAAUUAAAAAAUAGUUCGAUCAGAGACUUAUAGUUCGAUCAGAGACUCAUGGAAAUAAACUGGGCGAGGAGUGUCAGAAAUCUGAUAUUUUUGAAGAUUGGAGGCAUGAGCUCAACGGCCCUAUCUGGUUCGCGCGAAAUGUGCCAGGAUUUUCUCAGAACGCCUAUUUUCUAGACACUCGAAGACACUGACAAUGACAGACGCUGCAGACGUAUCCAAACUCACUAUCGACAACAGCUCCUCGCAGGAGCAGAAAGUUACUCCAUGGGAAGUUGCUGCUGCCGUGGACGAAAAUGGACUUUCUCAGGGCAUUGACUACAACAAGCUAGUGGAAACCUUUGGCACGCGAUUGAUCACGCAAGAUACGUUGGCCAGAUUCACCGAGGUCACAGGCCACGAACCACACCCGUUUUUGAAAAGGGGCGUUUUUUUCUCCGAAAGAGACUUGGCCAAAAUCUUGGAUUUGUAUGAGCACGGUGAGCCCUUCUUCUUGUACACGGGUAGAGGACCUUCGUCUGACUCAUUGCACUUGGGUCACAUGAUUCCAUUCAUUUUCACUAAGUGGUUGCAGGAUGUUUUUGAUGUGCCGUUAGUUGUCGAGUUGACGGACGACGAGAAAUUUUUGUUCAAGCAGAAAUUGACCAUCGAGGAUGUCAAGAGAUUCGCCAAGGAAAAUUGCAAAGACAUCAUUGCCGUUGGGUUCAAUCCGGAAAACACAUUCAUCUUCUCUGACUUGGAGUACAUGAACCCUGCGUUCUACGAAAAUAUCGUCAGGACAUCCAGACAAAUCACAACGUCCACCGCUAAGGCUGUGUUUGGGUUCCAGGACAUGGACUGUAUCGGCAAGUUGCACUUUGCCAGUGUCCAAAUUGCCACGGCUUUUCCCUCGUCUUUCCCAGAGGUCUUGGGGUUGCCUCCAAAAACGCCUUGCUUGAUUCCAUGCGCCAUCGACCAGGAUCCCUACUUCAGAGUGUGUAGAGACGUUGCUGAUAAGUUGAAAUUCUCUAAACCUUCAUUGAUACACGCCAAGUUCUUCCCCGCUUUGCAAGGUGCUUCCACAAAAAUGUCUGCCAGUGAUACCACCACGUCUAUUUUCAUGGAUGACACGCCAAAGCAGAUUCAGAAGAAGAUCAACAAGUACGCUUUCUCUGGAGGCAGAGCCACUUUGGAAGAGCACAGGGAAUUGGGUGGUAACAUCGAGGUCGACGUCGCCUACCAGUAUCUCUCUUUCUUCAGUCACGACGACGAAAAGUUGGAGCAGUUGGCUACUGCUUACAAGAAGGGUGAGCUUUUGUCUUCUGAGAUGAAGAAGGAAUGUAUUGACGUGCUUCAAGAGUAUGUGAGCGCAUACCAAGAAAGAAGACAAAAAGUAGACCAGACUGUGCUUGAAUCAUUCAUGAAGCCGCACAAAUUAACCAGCGGAACCAAAGAAAGAAAGGUGCCAGCCAAGGAGAGAGUGAAGAAAUCUAAGAAGUAGAUCGGCACCAGAUUAGCGCCUGCUCUUUUUUACCGCCUCGUACAUGCA